CGCUAGAGGAAGUGAUGUUGACUGAAACGACGUCGAUCUUUCUCAUCUUUGUGUCUUCGGGAGAGAGAAACGCAUUCGCAUCGACGGCGAUCCCGGCCGGAAUACCCCGCAGGAGCUUCGAUUAGCAAGUAAUUAUGCAAGAUAGAGAAGAUGGCAUGAAGGCUCUCCUCCCUCUCGCAUCUGUUGCUGGCCGGCGGACGGUGCCACGUACCCUAUUUCCAACCCCCUUUUCAACCCCGCCCGUGAAAGCGCCGAACCUCCGCUUUGAAAUCACAUCGUAAAGGAAUGAGAGGAGGUGAGAGGCAGGGCGAAAAUAAACCCCAAAGAGAGGAAACAAGGCGGGGUUCGAGCCGACGUUUUUGGACGACCUGGCAACGCGAGGAUCAGGUGAAGGACUGUAUCCUCGUCUCGUUUUCUCGUAAAAUCCCAGUGAGGCCGGAGAACCGAGAGGGAGCGUGCGCACAUUUUUCGCUCCGGCCUUCGCGACCUUGUAACUACACACCCUUUUUUAAAAAAAAUAAGCAAGUGCAGUGUGACAGCGCAGAUAUUAUGUGAAAUAUAAUUUUUUUUUUGGUUCUUUGAAAAGGUCUUCUCUCCCCCCGGAUGCCACUGUGGUCCUACCUCACUGAUUCGGCCAACCUGUGGAAAUUAAAGUUGACAGUAGAAAAGAAAGAACGGGGAAAAGGAGAUAAAGAGAGAAAAUUACGAGAUCAUUCUGAGGUUUAGUGUCGAAGUGGUGUUAUUAUAAUAAUAAUAAUAAUUUUCCAGUAGUCCACUAGUCAAAGAACACCAUGAUGAUGAAGCCGAACAGUGCGUCGAUGAAAAGUACACAAAUCUGAAAAGAAAAGAAAAGAAAAGGAAAGAAAAAAAAAAGGAAAAAUAAUAAUAUAGAUAUCUCUUUUAAGAAUAUAUAUAUAUUAAUAAUCUUACCUCAGAACAUCAGGAGAAAGAAGCAAAUUUAAAAAGAAAAAGGAAAUCCUAGCGUUCCCCCUUUUCCCAAUCAAUCCCAAAGAAAAGAAAAGAAGAAGAAAAAGAAAAGAAUUAAAACCAAAAUAAAGAAAAAAUUAAAAUACCCCCUUCCAAAAAAAAAUAUUUACCCCAACCCCCCCUAAAAAAAUCCUUAAAAUAUCACACACAAAACACCCCCCAUCCCCCCCACUAUAUAAAAAAAAAAUCACUCACAGACAUGGAAAUGGCAAACGACUUGCAAUACACCAAAAUGGACAUGGCAAAUGACCUUCUGUGUUGUGAGAAUGCGUCGGCCGACCUAGACAGCAAGUGCAAAGCCUACUUCGACCCCGUGCUCCUAAAAGACGACAGAGUGCUAUUAAAUCUUUUGAACCUCGAGGAAAAAUAUAUGCCCAACUCCAGCUAUUUCUCGUGCGUACAGACCGAUGUGGAUCCUUACAUGCGAGAGGCAACGGCACACUGGAUGCUGCAGGUGUGCCAGGAGGAGCGGCGCGAGGAGGAGGUGUUCACUCUGGCCAUGAAUAUGAUGGACCGGUUUCUCUCGCUGGUGACGAUCCGGCGGCAGCAGUUGCAGCUCCUGGGCACCGUGUGUCUCUUCCUGGCGUCCAAGAUCAAGGAGUCGCCUCCGCUGGACCCCCACCUCCUGGCGCAGUACACGGCCGAUUCCAUCACCGUCGAGGAGAUUAGGAAAUGGGAGUUGUUGGUCCUGACUCGACUCAAGUGGGACUUGGCGGCCAUCACUCCGCACGCUUUCCUGGACCAGAUCAUCGCGCGGCUGCAACUCAAGCUCCCAGAAGCUCAAAUGCGUAUGGUCCGCGAACACGCCACGUUUUUUAUCACAGUCUGCGCUACUGACGCCCGCUUCACGUCGAACCCGCCGUCGAUGGUGGCGGCGGCGGCGGUGGCCACGGCGGUGCAGGGCAUGCUGAUCCGCGACAGCGACGGCGGCGCAGCGGCGACGGAGGCGGCGGCCCUGGCGGCGGCGCCCGUGCCCGUGGGCGGCAGCAAGGCCCGGGGCCCGUCCACCACACCGCAGCAGUACAUGCAGGAGCUCUACCACAGCCUGCAUGCCAUCACGCAGAUCGACACCGACUGCCUGAAGGAGUGCCACCGCCAGAUCGAGAUCUGGACGCAGUCGAACGCGGAGUCGCUGUCCACGUCCACCACCCCGACAGACAUGCAGGAAGUCAUGUUCUGACGGCUGUCCCGACCCGCCGACCACUUCGCGAACCCCCGCCGUCACCCCGAGCCGUGGGCUGGGGGGGACGAGGACCCCCUGGGGCCCCGUGGGGUCAGCCCCAACACUGCCACAUCCUGCAGUCGGUGACCAGAGGCCUCGGAAACCUCCUCGCAGCACCGACACCACCGGCGCGGCUGGCGCUGCCCGCCGGUGUUGGCGUGGGGGCCGCCGCCCCUCCCUGGGGCGGCCGCCCCCACCACGCCUUUCACGUGCACAAGCUAGUCGGGUCGCUAAUUUAUAUCGGAUAAACAUUGACAUAAGCUACUGCUGUUGCUACCGCUGCUCCUGGCAACCGUUCCAGCACGAGCACUCCUUCCACUGACGUUCCGUGGCCCACCCGCCCGGCGCUCGCCCCCCGCGCCGCCGCCGCCCGGGGCCCGGCUGAGCCGAGAGCGCCGCCUGCGGCCCCGGCGUCGCGCGUGCGCCCGGAGCACUGCGCCGACAGCGACCUCAACGCCGGCUGAGAUCGCCACUGCCUUCGGAAUAGCCAAGGACUCCAUGCAUUUGUCUGAGGACUUCCUGUUCGUUAGGGGGACCAAGAAGCCACCUGCCCUGAGGGCCUCCCGCGCCGCCGCAGAGGAGGCCGAGUGACGCCUGCCGCAGCCGCAGGCGACGGGAGGCGCGCGUGCGGCGCCAGACGCCUCAGGCGCAACGGGCACCAAAACUGUGAUUCCUUUUUUUACUAAUACUUACAUUAUACACACACAAAGAAAAAAAAUCUACAAAAAAAUAUGAAACUGGAUUGUCAGACUACGUAUUAAGAUAAAUUUCGAUGUGAUAUAACAUUAGAGUGGAACUUAAGGUUAAGGUCAGUUGACACGUAGGAUAGGAAGAGGCGCGAGGGAGGAGGGAGCUUCCGUCGCGUCUCGGGCGGAAGGAAGGAAGGAAGGAAGGAGGAGGAGGAGGCGCCGCGGGAGAGAGCGAACGAGCGGUCCGGCCGCCAGUCAGCGCAACCGGACGCCUCUCUACGUUCUUUUUUGGCUUUGCUUUCGUUUUAGAGAUGGAGAGAUUCAUUCGUAGCGAGACUAAUCAAUUUCUUCCGUUUUCCCCUCUCUCCUUUUAAUGAAAUAUUCAGUUGAGGAUGUCCAUUAUACUUCUUUUUUAAAUCAAAUUUCAAGCAUUUUUUUUUCUCGUCCAUUCGUUCUCACACCGCGGCGCGUCUUCAGUGUUAAAAAAAAAAAUGAUUUGUAUGUUAAAUUGAGUUGCCUAUAGAUUUCCCCCUCCCCUCUGCCCCCUCCCCCACCCGCACCCCUCUCCUUAUAGUACUAAUUCACUCUUACUAUUUUUUUCCCGCGAGUUAAGAGUCUAUACAACAAAGCGCCGCAGUGAUUGUCCACUGAGCCAUCUUGCAGUCUGCGGUCUUUGUUUACGUAGGGGAUACGUGCUUAGCUCACUCUUAUUUAUGAUCGUCUCUAUUUAAAAUAAUAA